AAUCAAACAUUUAUAUUAUUUGGUGCAUGUAAGAAAAAGGUUUGAGAAUGUGCUUCGUUAGCGUUGAGUUAUCAGUUAGUUUGCUGAGAUUACUUGGUUGGAUUAUAAUCCAUUAGUAGUGUUCUUAAUAAUGAUUUAAAUUUCUUUUAGUAAAACAUUGAAUAUGGAAAUUAUAAAACAUAUAUGAUGAGAGUACAUAUUAAAACAGCUUAUAUUGUCAAAUAUCAGAAGUAUUUUCCAUUCAUGUUCAAGUCGAUUAUCUUUUGUUCCAGACUUUUUAUAUAAUCUACAAAUUGUUGGCGUUUUCAAUCAACGUAGCGUACGUUUGCUGGUAGUUACCACGGAAUUUCAUCUCAGGGCCUCUUGUUACAAGUAGGCUACUCACGACUCACAGUGUAGCAACUAGAUUGAAUGGGAGCUGUAUUUUGAUUUACUCCGUUCCAUGUCUCGGGAGGCCGGAUAGCUGACAGGACAAGGACCGGGACAGCCGGACCGAGCCGGACGGCGCGCUGGUCUGCACUCUCAGCUACUGCUAGAAUGUCUGUGCAGGCAGUCUGCAUGAUGGCGGAGUGGUAGUGUUUGCGCUAGUGUGACAUUUAACAAUCGUAAAACAUUAAUAUUGUCAGAUUAAAAUGGCAACUCAAAAACCAGUGGAAUGGGUUACAUCCCUUAUCACUCGUUUUGAAGAACAAUUACCUUGCCGCACUGGACCACAAACAACACAUUCAAGAGUGAACGAAGAGCAGAUUAAAACAUGCUUAAUACAAAUCAGUCGUUAUCGCUUUUCUUUAGUUAUAUCUGGCCUUACAAAGAUAUUGCAAAGAGUAAAUGAAAUGUUUCUCACAUUAACAAACGGGCCACGACCUCAUGGCCAAGACUUUGAGAGAGGUUGCUACGAGUCCUUGUUGAUUGUACUGGAUACUCUAGAGAGCUGCCUCUCUAACCAGCCGAAAGACAUCACUCGAUUUGAUGAAGCCAUGAACGUGAAGCUUUUGCUAAGAGAAAUAUGCCAGUUUUUGGAUGUGCCGCAUGACAAUCCAAACGUUCUGCAAUUGAAGAAUCUCGCCUCGAAGGUUUUGUUUGCCCUGAGCUUGAAUUUCUUCAACGCAGUAUUCAGCAGAAUAUCUGCAAGGCUUCAGGAGUUGAGUGCUUGUAAUGAAGAAAACCCGGAUUACAGUGACAUCGAGCUCAUCCAACACAUUAAUGUGGACGUUUUUCGACUCACAAAGCUUCUAAGUGAAGCAAUCAAGAAGCUGCUGCUGCUGAAAAAGUCUGCCCACGUGGUCCUGAUGGCAUCACUGGAGAAAGCGAUUUGGAACUGGAUGGACACUUACCCUCAGGAGUUUGCUGAUGUACAGAAAAAUCCAAAUGAAGAAUUAGCCAAGUGCUGUGAUAGUUUGUUUGACAUAUUGGAUAGUUUCGCUGAAUCAAACAAGAAAGGCAGACCAACUGUAUGGCCUCUACAGAUCAUGCUUCUCAUUCUUUCUCCGAAAGUGCUGGAGGAGAUAGUGAACGCAGACUCGGGGGCACCCUGCUCUCCUCGCCACUCCAAGAAGAAACAGUUUAUAGACUCUGUGAAGCGGGCAGUGGGCCCUCACAGUACUAGCAAACAGCAGACAGAGGCGGCAGCGGUCACCUGCGUCAAGCUCUGCAAGGCCUCAACCUACAUUAACAUCCAGGACUCCAGCAACGUGGCCUUCGUGCUGGUGCAGAGUGUCAUCAAUGACUUGAAGGCUUUACUAUUUAAUCCAAGCAAACCUUUCUCCCGAGGCCAGAACUACAUAUUUCACGACAUGGACCUCAUGAUCGAUUGUUUUGUGUCUUGUUUCCGCAUCAAACCUCAUAAUAAUGAGGCUCUAAAAGUCUGCCUAAAUCCGAAUUUUCCCUCCACAUUUCACUAUGUUUUAGUCAGCUCUUUAUACAAGAUCAUAACUCAGCCGAGGCUGCAGUGGUGGCCCCAAAUCGACCUUGUGUACAGCAAGUCUUCGGAACUAAGGGCAAUGUUCAGUGACACCCACAACAAGGUCACCCAGGGCUACAUCAUUACCAAUACACCCCAGAGAAUUAUUCAGUCUCUGACGCUGAAAAGUAAAGACUCAAAGUCCAGAUUCCAAGACCGAGGAGAGGAGACUCCAGGCUACAAAACUCUGUUGUUGUGUUUGGUCAGGCUUAUACAUGCAGACCCAAUGCUCAUGUUGAAUAACCAAGGCAAGGCUGGGCAUGAGAUUCAAAGUUCCACACUGGAGUUGAUCAAUGGCCUGGUGAGUCUGGUACACCAGCCCACAAUGCCUGACGUAGCACAAGAGGCCAUGGAGGCUCUUCUGGUGCUGCACCAGCCAGAGAAAAUUGAAGUAUGGAAUCCAGAGGCACCAAUAAACACUUUCUGGGAUGUCAGUUCACAAGUUCUCUUCUCCAUAUCUCAGAAGCUAAUCCAACAUCAGAUUUUAAACUACACAGACAUCUUGAAAUGGCUGAGAGAGAUUUUAGUUUGCCGCAAUGAAUUCCUGUCACGCCACAAGGAAUAUGCCAAUGUUGGGAGUCAUAUUCCUAUUUGCAAGCAAGCUAACAUCAAAUUAGAGGUGGUUUUCUUCAUGUACUUAUGGAGUAUCGACAUUGAAGCUGUACUGGUAGCCAUGUCCUGCUUCAGUCUGCUCUGCGAGGAGUCGGAUAUCCGUUGUGGUCCCGAGGAGAUGACCGUCACACAUCUAUUGCCGAACUAUCACCUGUUCCAGGAGUUGGCCCAGGCCUCCACGGUUCUCACUACAGCCAGCGGGGAUUCAAGAGUGUAUUAUCGUGAUCACAGUGUCGAUGGUAGAGCAGCAUUGCAGAAACGUAUAAUGGCUCUCCUUCGAAAGAUUGACCACUCUGGAAAUGGAGUUCAGCCUGCAUGGGAAGAAACUUUCCGCAACUGGGAAAGCUCUACUAAGGUGUUAACUUCGUAUCCGAAGGCCAAGUUAGAGGACGGGCAAGUGGAACCUUUCCACAGAUCUGUUGGUAAACGAAGAGCUUCUCACCAGAACUCUGAACAUGAACUAGAGGACCAGAUCAGUGAGUGGGCCAACAUGACAGGGUUCCUCUGUGCACUGGGUGGUGUGUGUCUGCAGCGGCGCUCACCAUGUCGACCCACCGAGCGCAAGUGUCCCGUGCUGCCGAGUGCCACCCAGGAGGUGCAAUACUGCCCAGUCACUCAAUUCGUGGGACAGCUGCUCCGUCUGCUCGUCUGCUGCAAUGAGAAGUUAGGGGCUCAGAUUCAGAAGCAUGUCAAGGAGUUGGUUGGCCAUGAGAUGUCUCCAGCUUUGUAUCCCAUUUUGUUUGAUCAGAUCAAAACAAUCGUUGAGAAGUUUUUUGACCAACAAGGACAGGUGAUAGUGACUGACAUCAACACUCAGUUUAUUGAACAUAUAAUUUUCAUCAUGAAGAACGUGUUAGACAGCAAGACAGAACAGCCCUCAGAACACCUUGGAGCUACGAGCAUUGAAGGGAUGAUGCUAGCUAUUGUCAGAUAUGUGCGACACCUAGAUAUGACAGUGCACGCUAUACACAUCAAGACAAAGCUGUGUCAACUGGUGGAGGCAAUGAUGAUGCGGAGAGACGACUUAGCAUUCCGGCAAGAGAUGAAGUUCCGCAACAAGCUGGUGGAAUAUCUGACUGAUUGGGUGAUGGGAACCUCACACCAGAUCGCACCACCUAGCUCUGGGGAUGUCAGUUCCAUCACCAGAGACCUAGACCAAGCAUGUAUGGAGGCUGUGGCGGCAUUACUCAGAGGACUGCCAUUACAACCCGAGGAGUCAGAUAGAGGAGACUUGAUGGAAGCAAAGAGCCAACUCUUUCUCAAAUAUUUCACUCUAUUCAUGAACCUGCUGAACGACUGUACCGAUGUGACGACUGAUAUAGAGGGGAAGGACACUGGGCGACAGAGGCUGAAUGCAAGCAAGCUCAACACCCUCAGGAAUGCAACUAUCCAAGCCAUGUCUAACCUGCUGUCAGCCAAUAUAGACAGUGGUCUUAUGCACUCCAUAGACCUGGGCUACAACCCGGAUCUCCAGACCAGAGCUGCGUUCAUGGAGGUGUUAACUAAGAUCCUGCAACAGGGGACCGAGUUCGACACUCUGGCAGAGACCGUGCUGGCUGACCGCUUUGAGCAGUUGGUACAACUAGUCACCAUGAUCAGUGACAAAGGAGAGCUGCCAAUCGCAAUGGCGUUGGCCAAUGUGGUCACCACGUCACAGAUGGACGAACUGGCCCGAGUGUUUGUCACACUGUUUGACGCCAAGCACCUGCUCUCACCUCUCCUCUGGAACAUGUUCUACCGGGAGGUGGAGGUGUCCGACUGCAUGCAAACACUCUUCCGGGGUAACUCACUCGGCUCCAAGAUCAUGGCCUUCUGCUUCAAGAUCUAUGGCGCUUGUUACUUGCAGAGUCUGCUGGAGCCCUUGGUCAGGCCUCUCAUUGAAGACCAGGCUCCCAGUUUGGAGGUGGAUCCGGCCAGAUUGGGAACUGGAGAAGACAUUGAAGAAAAUAGAAGAAAUCUAAUAGCGCUCACACAAAAAGUGUUUGAUGCUAUCGUAUCAUCAGCAGACAAAUUUCCACCUCAGCUUCGCAGUAUGUGCCACUGCUUGUACCAAGUACUCAGCAAGCGCUUUCCACAGGUUCCACAGAACAAUAUUGGAGCUGUCGGAACUGUUAUAUUUCUCCGUUUUAUCAACCCAGCAAUAGUAUCGCCCCAGGAGAUGGGAAUUGUGGGGAAGGUGGUUCCCCAACCAGUGAAGCGAGGUUUAAUGCUGAUGUCAAAAAUACUUCAAAACAUAGCAAACCACGUGGAGUUCAGCAAGGAACAACACAUGAUACCAUUCAAUGACUUCCUUAGAGCUCACUUUGAAGUAGGACGAAGAUUUUUCAUCCAAAUAGCAUCAGAUUGUGAGACGGAGGACCAAGGUUCCCAUUCAAUGUCAUUCAUCAGCGAUGCCAACGUUCUGGCUUUGCAUCGACUGCUCUGGAACCAUCAGGAGCGCAUCGGAGACUACCUGAGCAGCAGUCGGGACCACAAGGCUGUGGGGCGUAGGCCCUUCGACAAGAUGGCGACACUGUUGGCAUAUCUCGGACCUCCGGAGCACAAGCCGGUGGACUCACACCUGCUGUUCUCGUCUUACGCACGAUGGAGCUCCAUUGACAUGUCCAGCACCAACUUUGAGGAGAUCAUGGUGAAACAUAACAUGCAUGAGAAGGAGGAGUUCAAGAGCAUCAAGUCACUGAACAUAUUCUACCAAGCAGGCACGUCCAAGGCGGGUCACCCUGUUUUCUAUUACAUUGCCCGAAGAUACAAGUGA